AUGAUUGCCGGGACGAAAGUUGUCUCCCUGAGGUAUCGUCCUUUGAGAGAGCAGGAUGAAUUUUUUCCAAAUGGCAGACCUGCUGUUGACCCCGUUACCUGCGAGGCCAUCCUGCGACGCCCAUUUGACAUUGUUCUCAUUCUUCUUUCGCUCCUCGGUAUGUCACUGUGCAUCCUGCACUUUAUUGCCACUAUUUCAAACCUCCCGCCGCUACCAACGCCAUCGGAGAACGCCUCCCUGCCCUGUGGGCUCUACAGAGGCAAAUGGACCGGCCCAUACAAGGUUCUGCGCUUCUACGGGGUGCCAUAUGCCAUUCCACCGCUGGCCAUGCCCGAUCUAACGACUGAAGAACUGCUGGACGAGGUUUUAGCAAAGAGUGCGAGAAACCAUCGACAUCUGCGCUGGUUGUCGCCGCAGCCGGCUGAGGGGGUGGAGGGGUGCAUUAUCAGCCACCACGAUAAGUGCACCUUUCAGAAGAGUCAGUGGCAAUGUAACAUGGAUAGGAAGCCCGCCUUUUCAUUUUGUGCCCAGCCGAUACCCAAUAAGCAGGAUGACUUCAGGGAUACGGAUCUUCUCUUCUCGCGGGAAAAGUGUCUGCAGUUGGAUGUAGCCACGCCGCUCUACGCGGGCAGUCUUCGACCCGUUGUCGUUGUCAUGGCGGGUUAUCAGUCCUUUGCUGAACCCUUAAUGCCGCCCUCUUAUCGAGAGCCCGCCUAUUGGCCAUCCGAUGCAGCGAUUCUUGACACUGAUGCCGUCUGGGUGUACGUUCAUUAUCGCCUAGGCGUGGCGGGUUUCUUUUUCGACCUGGAGACGGAGGACACAACUUCGGCACCGAACGACACCUACGACGUGCCUUUUCACAAUUUUGCCAUCGAAGACCAGAUGCUGGCUCUGAAGUGGAUAAAGACAAACAUUCGUCGUUUCGGCGGCGAUCCGUACAGGAUUACGCUGCUGGGUCACGGUUCUGGCGCAACAAACGCGCUAGCGCUUCUAGACCUUCAGUCUAGGGAUCCUCAGGGAGGGGAAAGGCUCUUCAAUCAGGCUUGGCUUGCAAGCGGAGCUGUUAAUUGGGCCACCAGUAGAGAUCAGAAUGUACCCUAUGAGAUUCUCAGUGAUCUGGUAAGUAAACGACUGGGUGAAAAAUGCGAGAUGAAAGGACACAUUGGCAAAACCUGCUCCACACGAGACUUACACCGUGCCCUAAUGGAUGAUGCAAUCGCGUUCAUAUAUGAAUCAACGAAAGAGUUAUGGAACGACAGCAGACUUUUGGGCGAUAUCUUGCGCCUUGGUGCACCUAGAGGCUGGAUGUACGGUUUUGAUGCUUUGGACCUGAAACCGCCCGUAUUCUGGACGCCUGAGAAAAGAGCACACAUAUUCUCUCCCACAAGUAAGUAACAUAUGUAAGUUCAUUUUGCAAGUUAGAAAUUUAUCCUAACGGCCGAACUUUGAUUUCGGAUGAUGAAAUAAUACCUAUUUUGAUCAUACAUCUUGACAUUCCAUAAUCAACUAGGUAACUUUCUGAUGAGAACUGGGUGAGUUUUGCAGGGCUCACCAUCAUACUUUCCGAUAGAUUUAUGUAUUAUUUUUCACAUAGUUUGUAUCUGAAAUUUGAUCAAUCCUGAUUUUUUUAAAAAAACGGGGAUCAAUUUCUCUUCUGGCAGCUGAUACUAACAUUAACGUAGUUGGUUGAAGAUACUGGAUGACUAUUUUAGACUGGUAAUCAUUCCCACUAAUCAAUACAGAGAACUCAUCAACACCAUGUUUCCAAUGCACGUCUGAGCAUUCAUCUAGCAGGUUAUUGUCUGAGUGGAACCUUCAAAAAAUAAAUGGCUUGUUAAUUCGGUAUUUUUACUCGAUGAACAACUUACGCAGAGGCAGGUGGAUUAGCCAAGGGCUCUCCCCGGGGCCGAAAUCAACAUCUUUAAGGGAAAACUGGGAAGAACGCGGUUGAACGCGUGUAUUUACCAACUUCAAUUUUCUAGCAGUAACGUAGACAAUGCAUUAAAAAUCACAUCAGGUCACAUGAGGUCGGUGGUUGAAUCAGGCGAAACUGUCAAGCAUGUUCUUUCUGAAGGCAUAACAAGGGACAGUUUAUUUACCGGAUGCUUGAUACAGAAGACAAUUCCACAAAACUGUCCGAUGGCGCAUUUGUUAAACGAGAAAUUGGCCUUCACAACUUCGUUGUUUGACGCCAAAACUAGAAUUAUUUAUUCACGUGAUAACACUGAAAAAAAUACGAACUCCAGCACGCAUUUAAGAGAAACAACCAAACAGAACGAGGUAUGACCAAAAGUGUUCAGAAUAUAAGGGCAAAAGCCAGAAUGUCUGCUGACGCGAAGUGUUUCUUUGUGAAACCGACCUUCCAAGUCGAUGCACUCGGAGAACUGGUAAAGAAACGACUGAGUGAAGUAUUUUUCACAUGCGUUCCUUGGCGGGAAAGUCUAGAUACCAUUCUCCUCAAGCCUGCUUCUGUCAUUGGCGGAAGAGAAAUCUGCGGCCCCAAACCAGCGGUGUAUGUGAAUCUUCAAUUGCUUCCUUGGAGGAGGCCACAACGAUCGGAUAAUUUCAAUCUUCUUCAAAGGGAUACGAGAAUGCAUUUGAACAGGGCAUUGGAAGAUAAAACUAUGGCGACCGAAAACUCUACGUCCUCAGCCAACUAGAAGCCCACCGUCUGUUGGAUGCGAAUGGAUGCAUUGUGGUAGCUCACAGAGUGCCACCGAACUGAUGGAAUUCGCUACAGUGGACCUUGGUGGCCGUAGCAGAGGCGUUUAUAAUCUGUCGACAAGCUGUCGGAGGUCCACAGGCAAUACGACGUUCUUUGUUUCAAUUCGAAACCAUUUCAAACCACCGUUAGCGAAUUAUUCUCUCACCAGUCAUCUGCAAUAUUUACUCGCAUACUCACUGGUCGCUGUGUAACUCCGCUGAAAUAGCCGAAGUUUCUAAAGGCACUAUGGCUUCCCAGGUAGUCUCCAGUCUGGAUGCGUCUAUUGACGGAGGUCAAUCACAGUGUUAAUGACCUGAUUACAUAAAAAUGAAAGGAACUAAUUAGCAAAAAUGGUCCACAGCUCUGCCUUUAAAUCGUGAUGUAUUUUUAACCAGGUGACACCUUGGAAAGUCUGAAUCUGUCUUCCACUGUCAAACCACAUUUCGUAAAAAAAAUUGAAGUGAGCUUUAUACAGUUUUCGAUUUGGUAUGUUAUGAGAUUUGCGAUUUUUCAGUUCCCUUCAUUGCCUCAUCUACUUCGGCUUAGGGGUAAGUUUGGUUGGGUUUUAAACUGCUUGUGACUGCAUCUUCUCUUCUAAGAUUAUAACGCCAUUGACGUAGAUGCUAAAGAGUUUCGAGUAUUUCCAAAGUCACACGCAUCACGGGAGGCCGGUUGCUGACAGCACAGAAGAUGGAAAGGAAGACAAAGUGGAGUAUGAUCCAGGCUCGAGGUCGCAUAUCACCCCAAUCGGUGUUGGCAACUAGGAGAAACGGCGCAGGGAGCAACCACGUAGGUCGGGCCCACGAAUUCUACUGCUGUCAUUAGAGCACACUGGCUAUUUUAUGCGCCGCUCUGCGGCUGCUGGUUGGGUUCGAGAGAGAGCUCGUAAGGCACAACGGAACGAGUGAGUUCCGUAAGAACGGUCAGUGAGAGCCCUCUAUAAUUUUAUAUUCUCGAUCAAGAAAACCGACAGGGUAACGGCCUCGUGGCCCAGAGGUUGGAGAAGUGGACUUUUAACCAACAGGUCGCGAGUUCGAGCCCCGGGUGUUUCCACACUUCGGGGUGGGGUAUGACUGGCUGACGACGGUUAAUAAGCCAGAAAUGGCCAUUCCUGACUCCCUCGUCUUCGUCGGUAAUAACACACUGCCUAUAUCAUGCGCCGCUCUGCGGCUGCUGGUUGGGCUAGAAAGAGAGCCCGUAAGGCACAACGGAAGGGGUGGGUUCCGUAAGAACGAUCGGUGAGCGCCCCCUACCACAAAAAACAGUCCUUUUGUCUAGGUGAAUGAAAAGACCAGUCGUGCACCGAAACAGCUUGUUUAUUGUUCUGAGCUUCCGAAGGCAUGCAGUUCAUCGUCAGAGAUAGUAGCAACAAUAAGAGGAGCGACAUUUAGAAAAACGUCAGGUCGGUUGCUCACGAUACAAUUGGUCGUCACAUGCUUGGUGUUUUGGUGAUGACAGUGAUUUAUUUGGGUGGCCAGUGAAAUAGUCAGCCACUCUGCUUAGCUACUUUUUCUCAUGUAGAAGUCAAGAAAUAAAUUUAAGUGCAGGAACACAAUAGAAACACAGAGUUAGACAAACGUUGAGGACAAACGAAAUUUCUCUGUGAUCUCACUUUGCGAAUCGCAACAGAAGCGAUAAUGAGCUGUGAAUAUGUCAAGAAAACUGCACGAACACUGCAUAUGUACAUGCAGGAGCAAAUAUCUGCAGCACAAUGAUUGGUCUCCAUCUCCCAUUUUGUGACUCACAGAUGGGGACUGGCCAUGUCCCCGACCUUAGACAAUCGAGCUUCCUGGGUCGAUGAGUUUCGAGGACAGAAGGAUUCACAUUAGAAGCGUACUUUUGCGUGGGCGGUUAGUUCAACAAGGGUUUUAUUCGCCUGACGUGCCGGACAAAUGGGACACAUCUUCAACUUUGACGCCGUUGAGAUUGUAGGCCGGGCGAUGAUCAUACGGCAAGGCAGGUGCAAAAACCCUAGAUGGCCACCACCACCACCACAUAAAUUGGCCUCCCCCCAUCCGACUUUACGAACCUUCUUAACGGGGAACAGAAACGGCGCGAGACAAUCAGAGCCGCCAACUAUCUCCGCUGCCGACGGGGGCGGGGGGGGCGAUUCAGGUCACGGUGACAUGCGGGUCAGAUGCAGCCACACAGACGCCAUUGGCGGGCCAGGCAUCAAACAAAGUGUGUCAUAUAAGGAGGGCUGUGCACAUGACUUCCCAGUCUCCGAAGCUGGGCAGACGAAACGACUACUCGAGACGUCAGACCUCCAGUACACUUCUCCCGGUGAACAUCUCCUUUUAAAUACUAUCGAACGACGGCUGCGUUCCACCAUUGAAUGGACGUACAAUGCAGCCGAACUUGUAUUAUGCAGUCCUACUAAGCCUCUUCCGAUUCCACGGGCAAAGGAUGUCUCACCAACGCACGCCAAUUUAAGUUAUGUUUAUGAAUUCACAUGCACUUGCGGAUGCAAGUACAUUGGGCGAACGCAAAGGCAGUUGGCAGCCAGGUCUAUUGAGCACCUGCCCAAAUGGCUCCUAAAGCAUGAGAAUAAAAUCCCGCGUUCCUCCAUUACGAAGCACCUGCUUGCUAGUGGUCACUCCGUCGUCCCCAAAGCUUCCUUCCGAGUACUUGUUCGGGCACGAACAACUCGAACUUUGCGUUACCUAGAGACGGCCUAUAUACGACAGGUGAAACCAGAUCUUUGUAAACAGCUGGAACACGUGGUUAGCCUAACAUUGCCAUGGUAGCCUCUAGCUCCAUGAUUUCCCUUCCCCUCUCACUUUUGUUUUGCUCGUUAAUUCCCCUUUUGCACUAUUCUUCCCAUACGGUGUUUGAGUUACUAACUUUGUCGAUCAGCUAGCUUUGCCCAAAACCAUGACCUUGCUGUUUCUGCAUUGAUUUUCUACACGAAUUCAAAUCUGUUGUAUCCUUAUCACUUGCUAUCUAUGCUAUGAAGCGACAGGACGCAGCUGACGAGCCGUCGCGAAUUUUUUUGGUACUAUUAAAUCCUGCCCUGCUUGUCUACUUCAUUUUCGACUAUUGUUCGUUCUUAUGCUGCCACCUGCGUGAGCUCUAGUCAGGCGGUUCAAAGCAUGCCGUUCUACUUGUACAAGUGCUCCACGAACGCUAACCCCAUGCGAUCUCGAAUACUGGCAAUCCUAGUCGAUAUGACCCAUGGCCAUGUCUGCUGUGCCAGAUCCUGCAACCCGAAAGUUCGAUCAUCGAUUCCGACUAUGUCCACCGUGUUACCCACAGCAUGCUGGGCGCAGGGGUGGUGACUUCGCGUGAUUUGGUCUAUAGUCGUAGUAGACUUUUGCUGCGCCUACCGCACUCUCCCCACCCACCCGGGCCCGGUGUCAAAAAAAGUCCAAAAAACUGGCGACGGUGUCGCGUGAAGGUGAUUGGCACGUCACGGGCCUUCAUCUAGACGUGGCAUUACCUCCCCCCAUGUGUGACAUUUGCUAUCUGUGCGCAUCCCCAAUAACGCCUGCUUUGCCCGGAUCUGGCCCCCGUGUUGGUCCAUCCCAUCUACCGCGUGGCUCGUUGUAGGGGGCCAGAUCGUAUAACCCAAAGGCUCGAUGGCAGACCGAAUAUGAUUCACAUUUCAGGUUUUCCGGGUCUGGGAUUGGGUACGACUCCCCAAUGACGGUUACCAAACCAAAAUGGCUAUUUGGUAAGAUGUGGCAUGGUAGCCCCACCUGAUAAUCACAAUACUCACGAAUGGAAGAGAAUAUGUGCAUCCCAGCUUCUUGUUUAAAAGAAGACGAAGGCACGAUCACUGGGACGGUUGAUUUAUUAGCCUUAGCUUUGGAACUCGAACUGGAGUUCAUCGUCAGAGACUGCUAGAGUGCAGCAACGUGUAAGCAUUCGUAUCGUUUUUGUCGUGAGGGGGGACUACGUCCGUGGCUAGGUCUGGUUUGUGCCGCCUGGUCCACAAUGGUCACCCGGCAUGGAGAUGCCGUUUGUGCUUCGAGGCGAUGUGAACUGUGCUAUCUUUUGACUGUUGGUUUAACUCACAUUUAUGGUACGUGUGUCCACAAAAAUUAACGGGUAACAAAGGUAAACGGGUGACGUUUUUUCCCUUCAAACUGCAUUCUAUAAGCCGGCCACAUAUAUUCACUUUUUGGGCAGAAAUUCCUUGGUAUAGUUUUCAUUCCCCAUCAGAACCAGGCGGCUUCUUCAAAAUACAGCUACCCAUUCGAUGCCAAAUCAUGUGACAAGUUUAUGCCCGUGUUAUUCUUAACGUUUGCCUCGCCACAGUUUUAUUUGAUCAUGCAAAUACCGACUAAUGGUCCAAUUUUAAAUAUUUUAGAGAAAGUUCUUUUGCCAACAGAACUAUGGAAGCGUAUUCAAACACACACUUUACCUCUCAACCAAACUGAGCUCACACCUAGUUUAUGGAAUCAAGUAUUUUUGAUAUUAAUUGAUUAUCCAGUUGUGCAAACUUCGAUCGUCUGCGGAUUCGAACCCGUGGUAGAAAGAACGAGGCUUUAUUAAAGCCAACGUUCUAACUAUAAGGGUUAUGGGCCCUUGAAUUUCAAAGAUGUGGGCUAAAUUAUUUGCCCAAACUUAGUUGCCUUGUACUCUCUGUAGUGAGUCCGAAUUAUUGGGUCGUCGAGAAUCUCAAAAUUGGGUCAAUCCAAUUAUUGAAAUCUGGAAACUAUACUACUAUGAAUUUGGAAAAACAUUCUUCCGGGACCUACUUUGAAACAUCUUAAGUAGCUGAAAUAAACGUGCACUAACGCUUUUCAUGCGAAAGCGUAAGAGACGAAACUCUUGUUUAGUGUGCAAUACAAAUGUUGACUUUCAGUGACCGGAGCAAUUUAAAAUUUCAACUGAAAUAAAACAGGAGAAUCUGGCCAACGACCCUGUUAAGAAGACAGAGUUUGGCUUAAGAUAAAAAUGAUUUCUUGUGUAUAAGGGUUUGAACCUUACAUUAAAUAUGCCAGUAAGAACCUCACGAAAAAUCCCUUCUUAUCUUUAAUGACCAGUAUGUAGUCAACUGGCAAGCUAGAGGAACCAAUUUUGAGUCUUAGACUACAAUUAAAGUUUCCGACAAUGCAAUCUAGAUCUUCAGCUUCCAAAUAAUCAGCUUUGGCGCAAGUUUCUGUGUCGAAAGAAUGUUUUAAUUAUUUUCUAAUAUCAGAAGUCCAGGUAAUUGUUUUGAAAUCCAGAUACCGCAUUUCCCUCUACCUUUAGAGUCCUCCGGAGGUAUUCGCUUGGUCAUGACUGCAACUUCCAAUGAGCUAGAGGGUUGGCCGUACACGGGGGAGGAGUGGACCAAAGAAGACAGCAUUGAACAGUCAAAAAGGAUAGUUGGACUGAUGCAGCGUUUACAAUGGACACAAAGUGGUUCGACAGACAUCCAGAAGAGCAUAGACGUUUUGCUCGGGCAGGUAUGGGCUCAAGAGCUGACACGUGUUGCGAAGGGACGCGCAAACGUCUGGCCGCCUCUGCGACUUCGACAAGAGAUGCACUUGCAGUUCCUCAGUUUCCUGCGCUUUGCCUGCCCACAGGCCUGGUUCUUGGGGACCGUGGGCGCUACAAGGGGAGAAUUCUACCAGAUAAUUCACGAUGAGGCCCCGGACGCCCCCUUUCCGCACGCCCCAGGACCUUGGCCCCCAGCUGGUGGGAUCGCCAUGCCUAGGCGUUUUGCAUUCCACGGCAUUGAUAUGCUCAUUCUGACUGGCAGGGAAAUGGAUUCCAAUGAGGGGAGAUCGGCACGUCAGAAAAGAUUUAGAGCCUAUAGCGCCGAACUGCGAGCAGCAUUUAAGAAGUUCGUCCACGGCGACGUUUUGGACAGUAAAUGCCGGACGGGAAGGGGAGGUUGGUCUGGUGUUUUGCCCCCUUUUUCUGUCAAGUACUACUGA